AUGCUAGAUAGUCAGUAUGCCAACGAUGUUCUCGGAUUUGUUAAUCCCACUCCCGAUGGCAAUUGUGGAUUUCGCGCUGUCAGUGCUGCUGUUUUUGGACACGAAGAAGCCUGGAUCCAGGUCAAAAAAAUGAUGUUAGCUACUUUUUUAAACGUCCUUGCUUUGAUCGUUCCCUAUUUCGUCCAGUGUUGCUCUGCCGCUGCUUCUAGGGCUUCUUCUUCUGCGGCUUCUCUUGCGGCUCCUCCUGCUCCUCUGCCAGUAGCACUUCCUGCGGCCCCUCCUGCGGCAUCCUUUGUGGCUGCUUCUCCUGUGGCUUCUCCUGCGGCUACUCUUGGGGCUUCUCCUGUGGCUUCUCCUGUGGCUCCUGGUACGGCUCCUCCUGCGGCUACUCCCGCGCCCUUGUCUGCUGCUCCAUUUGUGGCGGCCCGCCCCCUGACUUUUUCGCCCGUCAUUGGUGACCGUUUUCGACGUUUUCCUGGUGUUAUUGUACACGCAAUCACCACCACCACAAAAGCCAUUCGAUUGCCCUUUGCUCGUGUUGCUAGAGGGCAGUUGGAGUUGAAUACGUUCGUAAGGGAGUAUAUUUUCUUACAACGAAACAUGGCCGCAUCACAGGUUCGAAACCUUCUCCUGGCUUUGAUCCUUUUUUUAAUAAAUGAUGGGGUGCUCACGGUGCGCCAACAUGCUUUGCUUCACUCACCCAACCAAACACGUUCUGAGUUAGAAUCAAUCCGACUCGCGUUGAAACUUGGAGCCUUUAUUGCUCAGAUUGUAGAGGACGCAGGUCUUACCCCUUUGUUGUUGGUGGCAUUGUUCCCUCCAUCCAAAUUACAACGGGCAAGAGUAGCAGUCUUUGCGGACUAUAAAAUGUUUUUGCAGGUUUAA